AUGAAAUUAUUGAUUAGUGUUAUUUUAUUGUGCUUUGUAGUGGUCACUUAUGCUGCUCCUAGGAUCGUUGAAGGUCAUGAUGCUCCGGAAGGCAAAUAUACCUACCAGGUAUUACUAAGAUUCGGAAACCUUAACCAAUUCGGUGGUUCGAUUAUAAACAAGAUAUGGAUCCUUACCGCUGCACACUGCGUUCAAUUUCAUGGAUACGAACCUAUUAAAGUAGUAGCUGGAACCAAUUUAAUUGAAGGAGGAAAGAAGCAAGACUACUAUUCUGAAUACAUUACCUAUCACAAAAACUUCACCGAGACCGCUUUGCAAAAUGACAUUGCUUUGAUCCGUGUCGACAAGGACAUUGAGUUCAACGAUAAGAUACAACCUAUUGCUUUACCUGGUCCUGUGGAAACAUAUAAAAUUGAAGAUUCCGUCAAACUGACUGGUUGGGGCGAGAUGAAUACUGGUUGUCUCAAAACUGCAAACAGCGAGAAAAAGGUCGGCAUGCCUACUCAAAUUCUUGUUCGUCUGGGGCUGUGGCUGAUGGCCAUGGCCGUAUGCUACAGCUUGGGGGAGCGAGUGCCGCGUUUUCCCAAGGCUGUCUCAGCCACGAGAAAGUUUUUGGAUGCGAUUCGAGGCAACCAAGGGCUGUCUCGAGGGGUAAGAGGUCCAUCUGGGAGGGGUGGUUGCAGCGGAGAAACAAUCAGUCUAAGAGAAAGUCCAACAGGUGAAGCUCUCAACAAGUUUCAAGAAAUCGACUUGAAUAUUUACAACCAAGAUAAAUGUAGAAAAGAGAUGUCGUACAUUGCUCAAAUCACCAAUUCUCACAUUUGCACUAAAACUAAAAUUGAAGAAGGUGCUUGUAAGGGUGACUCGGGUGGUCCUCUCGUCGCUAAUGGCAUUCAAAUUGGUAUUGUCUCAUUUGGACAGCCUUGCGCAAGAGGCAAGCCCGAUGUAUUCACCAGAGUUUACACUUUCUUGGAUUGGAUAAGAGAGUGCGCUCGCGAUACACACGCGGGUCAUAUGUAUACACACGCACACAUGCAAAUACAGGUAGCGCAUACGCAGCUGUGUAGUCAGACAGUACAGUGA